AUGGCUAAAGAUUCCACAUCCAAUAUGAAAAACAAAGAAUCGGUUGAAGCGUCAGCCACCUAUGAUUUAUGCUUACUCUUUGGUCUUUCAGGAUUCCUGCUAGGUGGUAUCGCUCUAGCUAGUGUAGUUACAUUAUUGCUGAAACAAGAAUCUUGUAUGAGCGAAUCGGCAAUCAUAACAACUGAAACAACAACAACAACAAUGACGACGACUACAACAACGACAGACACAACAACAACAACCUCAACAACGACAACAACAACGACGACAACAACAACGACAACAACCAGCACUACUACAAGCACUAGCACAACGACUACAACUCAAACGAUAGCACCGAAUGCUACUACAAUGCAGUAUUAUUGUGGGUACUUCUCAUCCUACACGCUUUGGCAACUAUCUGGUAGUAGUGAUAUAGUGAUGAAUAUUGAUACAAGUAAAUGUGGCUUUAAUACAACUCCACUCUACUUCACUAGUAUAGGUGGUACCAGUUCGCAUUGGAGUACAGUUGGUUACACUGCUAUUUAUUUACCAACUAAUAAUUCAUUCCAAAUUUUUGCUCAAUCGUUAAGCAGUGUGGCUAGUGCAACAUUACUUAGUUGGGCUCAAUUGUAUUUCUGGGAUGUGAACUGGAUUGGUAUUUCACUUUGA